AUGUCAAGUGACAGCACAAAAGGUGAACAUUCAUCUAGAAUUCAGCAGAAAAGUGAUCCACAGCAGGUCUCUGAUAGGAUAUUUUUCAUUGACGCUUCAAAUCAGAGCUUGCUUACUAUUCCAGCAGACAUUUUAGCAUUAAGAGAAUUAGAGGAAGUGCAUUUGGAAAACAACCUGAUUGCAGAAAUCCCCGAGGAUAUUCAGCAUUUAAGGAAGAUCAGGGUUCUCUACCUGAACAAGAACAAACUGAAGAAUCUAUGCCCGGAGAUGGGAAGGCUGAGCAACCUAGAGGGCCUGGAUCUGAGCGACAACCCGCUGGAAGCCUCGUCCCUGCCUGUGCUUAGUGGCAUCCGCCAGCUCCGCGAGCUCCGCCUCUACCACACCGACCUAGCAGACAUCCCUGUAGUCAUCUGCAAACUCCUUCACCAUCUCGAGCUGCUCGGACUGGCCGGAAACCGCCUGAAAUCUCUGCCCAAGGAAAUAGUGAACCAGACCAAACUGAGGGAGAUCCAUCUGAAGCAUAACAAUUUGCAGCGUUCCCUCUGGAGCUGUGUGAUCUCUACAACCUGGAGAUCAUCGACCUGGAUGAGAACAAGCUCACGGUCAUCCCGGAAGAGACGGGAACCUGACGAAGCUGAAGAAGUUCUACGUGUCCUACAACAGCCUGGCUGUUCUCCCGGAGUCGCUGGGCCGGUGCACCAGGCUAUCAGUGCUGGACCUCUCUUACAACCGCCUCCACACCCUCCCGCACACCUUGGGCGAGCUCAUGCAGAUGACGGAGGUGGGCCUGAGUGGGAACCACCUGGAGAAGAUGCCGCGCCUCCUCUGCAGGUGGACCUCGCUGUUCCUGCUCUACCUGCGCAAACCGGCCUGCGGGUGCUGCGCCGCUCCUUCCGGCGCCUGGCUAACCUGCGGUUCCUCGACCUCAGCCAGAACUUUCUGGAACAUUGUCCGUUGCAGAUCUGUUCACUGAAGAACUUGGAAGUCUUGGCCCUGGAUGAUAAUAAGAUAUGCCAGUUACCUUCAGACUUCGGUUUACUAUCGAAACUGAAGAUUCUUGGACUAACGGGAAAUCAGUUCUCUUCAUUUCCGAAAGAGAUCCUUUCUUUAGCAUCUUUAGAGAAGUUAUACAUUGGCCAAGAUGAGGGAGCCAAGCUUACCCAUCUGCCUGAAUGCAUUAAGAGACUAGAGAAUCUUAAAGAGCUGUAUAUUGAGAAUAAUCAUCUCGAGUACCUGCCUGUAUCCUUGGGAUCAAUGCCUAACUUGGAAAUUCUUGAUUGCCACUGCAAUCUAAUUAAGCAACUCCCGGAUGCUAUUUGCCAAGCACAAGCUUUGAAAGAAUUACGGUUCGAGGACAACUUGAUCACUUAUCUUCCGGAGAAUUUGGAUAGUCUAGUGAAUCUAAAAGUUCUGACACUAACGGGCAACCCCAUGGAAGAACCCCCAAUGUCAGUGUGUACCAAAGGCACUGAGGCUGUAUGGGAAUACCUUAAAGAAAGGAGAAAUAUGAAAGAAUUGGCAACAAAGAUUCAGGCUUGGUGGCGUGGAAUGAUGGUACGCAGAGGACUUGGGAAAUUUGAAGAACUGCUAAAAUUGCAAAAGAAGGGAAGGAAUUCUCCAAAAGAUAAGAAAGGAAAGAAAGAUGUAAAAGGAAAACCUUUUUUGGCUAGUUUGAAUAAAGUUGCUCCGAAUAUUUACUCAGAGAAGUGA